AUGCUUUUAUCUUCAAUAUUUUGUCUAUUAUUAUCUAACGCCUUGUCUUCUAGACGUGAUACUACAAUUUUAUAUGCUAGAACUGGAAUAAUAAUAUUAUUCUAUUGUAUAUAUUUAUCUUAUAAUAAUUUAUUUAUAACAUAUUUAGAUAAUGGGAUAGGGUUAUUUGGAGGUUUAUUUUAUACAUCCUCUGUAACACAAAUAUUUCACAUGUUAAUAUUUAUUAUUAGUUUAUUAAUAUUAAAUAUGACAGGAUUCUAUCCUAGAAAACUUGUAUCUAGUGAAUAUAUGAGUUUACAUAAAUUAUUGUUUACAAAAUUACAAUUUUUAAAAAACUUAGCUGUAUCUAAUAUUAUAUUAAAAAAAGGAGAACAAUACACAAUAUUAGAGUAUACAUUAAUGUUAUUAUUUGUAAUA